UCAUCAAUGAUUUGAGCCACAGGCAGCUGUUUUUGGCACCUGACGCGGGCACAGUGUGGUGCACAAGUUCAGUUUUUGCCAACCGAUCGUUCAAGUCCGCAAUUUUCAUUACACAUUUUUCUGUAAUUACUAUUCAAUGUAUUUGGCAUUUGUCAAAGGCCUCAAAGGCGAUGGCCAGGAGAAGAAACAACUUGGGCACUCCUGGAAAGAACCUUCACCAGCGACGGCGUUGGUGUGGUUGGGGCCCUCGUGACUGCACCUGGAGUAUGUGGAGCAAGUGGAGCGAAUGCCGUGGAGGGGAAGAAUGUACCGAAACUGGAGUCAGUGAGAGAACCCGGCACAAGGAAAGCGAGGCAGCCAAUGGGGGCAGUUGCAAGGACGAACCCACUUCUGAUAUCAAGCAGUGUUCGUGGGUUGGUUGCAAGCAGGCUCAGGCCACCACAUGAGGUUUGGAUAAUUUUGGUGCUUUGCGGGAGACAUUGGUGAAAGCGCCAUGUCAGGCCCAAGGUACAGAGGCGAAGCAAGAGGCAAACAGUGCAGAGGCCAAGCCGGAAAUGCUGGAGGAAAUAGCACCCAACAUCUCCUUGGACGGCUCCACGGCUAAGGAGCGCAUUGGGGCGGUUGCGCAGCUGCUGUCGGCCCACUCCGAGGCAGUGGGUGAGCGCUUCGCUGCUACUGCCAAGGCCUUGGCCACAAAUGGCGAGCUAACACCACUGAAGCUGGCUCAACUUGCAGCUGCGCAGCUUGUGAAUCCUUUGCCAAAGAUGGAGCUCGAGGAUCUGCGCGCUCAAACCAUCACGGUUUGCAUGGAGGCUUUGUAUGGUGUCACCGGAGCUGCAGCCAUGGCAGAAGGGAUCGCAAAUGACAUGGGCCUUGAAGCAGCAGAUGAAGGGGUCACCAUUUUCAGAGUGAGUUCAUGAGCUAAUGAGGCUCAUUCGAGCUAGGAUCGCUGGACAGCGCAAGAGACGGUAGUCCAGAAGACGGGCUCAUGGUUUAGGCAAG